AUGAGGGUCACACGAUGCCUGUACAACAACAGCAGAACGGCCCUGUAUAGGGUCUUCGUCUCGCCCUUUGAAAAGGCGGAAGUGUUGUCUCGAAGAAGCGCUCUCUCCUUCCCUGACACUAGAACACUACCGCCAGUAUCGACUUCCCCCGCGCAAUCUUUCGCCCGUUACGCCUCCCUCAUCCCCCGAUCCCGAAAGCCGAAUAAUUCGACGGCAUCUAAACCCAGCGCCGCCGCCAAGCCGGGACAGCUUCCUGCCGACAUGAUGAUCCGCGACCGUCAGGUCCUGGUCGUCGACGAGAACAACAAGCUCACGGGACCGCACGAGACCCGCCGAGUGCUCCAGUCGCUCGACCCGGAGACGCAGUCUCUGCGGAUGGUCUCGCGUCCGGGGCCGAACCCGGCGCCGGACCAGCCGCGGUUCGCCAUUUGCCGCGUUGUCGACAAGCGUGUCGAAAAGGAGCGCGAGAAGGUGCAGGAGAAGGCCAGGAAGGAGACGGCGCGCAAGCUGGCGCGUUUCAAGGUGCUGGAGCUCAACUGGGCCAUCGCGCCGCACGACCUCGGCCACCGCAUGAAGCAGAUGAAGGGGUUCCUGGAGAAGGGCUACAAGGUCGAGGUGCUCUUUGCGAAGAAGAAGGGCAGCAGGAGGGCGACGCGGGAUGAGGCGGAGGCGCUCGUGCAGGCGGUGAGGGAUGCCGUCGCCGAAGUCGGGGGCGCCAAGGAGUGGAAGGAGUCGGAGGGGGAGCCCCUCAAGGUCUUCAAGCUUCAUCUGGACGCGCCGGCGGCGGCGAAGGCCCCUGCGGUUGCCACGUCCGAGGGUUCCUCGGCGAACUGA